GCCGAGCACCGCGAGGGGCCUUCAGCCGAGCAGCAGCAGCCGCAGGGCGGUGGGAGCGACGAGCUCGGCUGCAGCGGCGGAGGCACCGAGCAGCCCGAGCAAGCGGCAGAGCCCGAGGCCCGCGGUGGUGCGGAGCUGCCCGGCGAGGCGGCGGAGCCCGCCGAGGUGGGCGCCGAGUGUGCCCCGGCCGCCCCGCGCGCCGCAGGUCGCGGCCAGGGCUCGCCAGGGGCCGCCGGGGAGGCGGCCCGCGCCUCGGACUGCUCCUCGCCAGGGGCCCUGGCGGCCCGCACGCCGCAGUCCUCGUCGCCGAGGGGCGCCGGCGAGGUCCGCGCGGCCCGGGGCGGCGGCGAGGGCGGCGGCGCGGGGCCUCCGCUGCUGUCUGAAGCCUGGCCCUGGCCGCACCCGGAGCCGCCGCGUCCAGGGCCGGCGCGGCCGUCGCGCCCUGUGCCGGGCGCGGCGCCCUGCGCAGGCAGCGAGGCCACAGCGUGGUCCGAGGAGCUGGCGGCCGCCCACGCCGCCUCGCUGGGGCUGGCGUGCCUCCCGCGCGAGGAGGGCCUGCAGUGCCUGCUGCAGCAGGUCUUCUCGUGGGCCCCGCUGCCCACUGCCUGGUCGGCGCGCCGAGGCCCGGACGGGCUGCUGUUCCAGAACCGCGUGACGGGCGAGGCGUCGCGGGCGCACCCCCUGGAGCCAUUCUUGGGGCAGCUGGCGUAGCUCGCCCGCCGCUGCCUCGCGGAGGCCCCUGGCCGCCGCGGCCGCCUGCUGGACGAGGCGCUGCAGCGGUGGGACGCGGAGGUCUGGCGCGAGAUCGACGGCUGGUAUGCAGUUAGGGGCGCCGACGGCGAGGCCGAGUACCGGCACCGCGGGACGGCGGAGGUGCGCCUCCAGCACCCGGUGGAGCUGCUGCUGCCAGCGCAUUACAUGCGCGUGCGCGGGGCCGAGCUGCUGAGGGACCCAAGCGUGUGCGAGCUGUGCCUGCCCGACGCCCCCGAGCAGUAGGGAGGGGCGCGUCGCUUUUUCCUCUCCCCGUCCUUGGUCUUGAUUCUUCUGCUUGUCGUGCUCUUUCGUCCUCCUGGGUCCUCUCUUCUCUUUUGUUCUCUUCGGCCGUCCUCUCCCCUCCCUCCUGGCCUCCACGGGCGUCUCGGAGUAGAGCAGCCACAGACCGGAAUUUCCAGGGGAAGCGCGGGCAAACGCGCUUUGGGCGCGGCCCGCACGGCGCCUGCCGCUGCGCGAUCGUGCAGGGGGCACGGUCGCCUCCUCCCUGCACCCCUGACUUGCACGCCUGAUCGAUCAGGAGAGGGAGGAGGGUGAGGAGGCGUUUUUAGCGACGUGCCUUCGUUUUUGUUUCCGCUCGCGCGUCGUACUCUUGCGACCUUCUUGCGCCGCGACCCGAUAGUCCGGCGAACCAGCCGACGUUGGACGUGACCCAGGUGUCCGC